AAGGCAAUACUGACUGGUUCACUUUGCACUGGUUCACUUUGCACUGGCUUGGUGUGGUGUCUGGUUGUUAUUCAGUCCUUUACCGAUUUGAUGAAAUUAUUCAAGGAAUUUGAAAUGUAGUUAAAUUUCUGCCUAAUGGAACGUUAAAUUUUUUGUCCCACAGGUCUUAUGUGCUUAUCAGGUUCCUUAGCGCUACAAAUGAUGUCAGGAGUAUCUGCGUGGAGGAUCCACGUGGGUGUUGUGCAUGUGACGUCAUGAAUAAACAAGAUGGCGGCCGAACUGGUGAACCUGCAGCUUCGGUCAGGCUGAGAUACUCACUAAUGUCGAUCUUUCUGUCUACAGAGAGGACCCAGUGCUCACCAAGACAUGUAGUCAUCAACGAAACAGUGUGUUGGGCCUGCUGACGAACCCGAGAGUGAUGCUGUGGACGCGGCGGGCCGGCAUGACGGCGCGAGCCAGGAUGGUGGUCGGGCUAUGUGCGGGACUGUUUCUGGGGUUCACGCUCGCCAGCUGGCUGGUGGUGCAGAGGGCCGACCCGCCUAGAGGAGGGAGUCUCGGGACCCGAGUGGGAUGCAGACGGGACCCCACGGCUGCAGAGCUGCUGUCCAGCGGGGCGGGCGACCCAGGCGGACCGGCGAGUACGCCCAAGAAGGAGUCAGCCGGCCCUGAGCGGGGCAAGAAUCUCGUGUACGUCGGGGUGAUGACGGCCAAAAAAUACUUGGACUCCCGAGCGGUAGCCGCUUACGAGACCUGGCAGAAGCAUAUUCCCGGCAAGGUUGAAUUCUACUCCGCUUACGAUCCCAACGGCUUCUCUCCAGACGGGUUGUCCCGAGUUAACAUCCCGGGGGUUGACGACGCCUAUCCCCCUCAGAAGAAGUCCUUCCUCAUGCUGAAGUACAUGCACGACCAUUACUUGGACCAGUAUGACUGGUUCAUGAGGGCUGAUGAUGAUGUAUACAUCAAGGGGGACAAACUAGAGAAAUUCCUCAGGGGGGUGAACUCCACCAGGCCACUGUACAUCGGACAGACAGGGCUGGGCAGUCCGGAAGAGUUUGGACGCCUGUCGCUGGACGCGGGCGAGAACUUCUGCAUGGGGGGGCCGGGGAUGAUCAUGAGUCGAGAGACGCUGAGGAGGAUGGUACCCAACAUCUCAUGGUGUCUGAAGCACCUGUACACCACACAUGAAGAUGUAGAGAUUGGGCGCUGCAUUCAGAAGUUCACCGGGGUAGCCUGCACAUGGGCAUAUGAGAGCCAACACCUGUUCUUCAACGAUUACAAGAACGACAAGAAGGGCAGAAUUGAGAACCUUCACACCGUGGGCGUGCAGCGUGCUAUCACCAUGCAUCCCAACAAACACCCGCCAUACCAGUACCGCCUCCACAACUACCUCCUGAGCCAGCGCAUGCACAACCUGCGCCAACGGACCCUCAACAUGCACCGGGAGGUCAAAGUCAUGAGUCAGCUGCUGCUGGAGGAUGCCACAGAGAUGGACGCCAAGCUGGGCGAUGUGCCGUCCCUCAUGCACUUCACCCCACGUGAGACUGCGGAGGUGCUGACCUGGCAGUACCUGAACAAUAGACAGGUGUACGCAGCUAAGGACCUACAGCCCAGGCAGGCUAUCCCGAAGGCACUUAGAGCAGGCCUAGAUGACAUCAUCAUGCAGAUGAUGGAGAUGAUAAAUCGUCACUCACGAACUCGAGGUCGUAUCAUCGAUUACAAGGACAUCCAGUACGGUUACUGGCGGGUGAACCCCAUGUACGGUGCAGAGUACGUGCUGGACUUGCUGCUGUUGUACCGCAAACACAAGGGGAAGAAGAUUAAUGUUCCUGUGAGGAGACAUGCCUACUUACAGCAGGCCUUCAGCCACAUCCAGUUCAUGGAGGAGGAGACAAUCAUGAAGGGCAGAAGCAGCCAACCUGACAGGGCUGCACUGGGGAAUGUGCAAAAGCGCCAUCUAGUGGAUAAGAGCAGAACUGCUGAUCUCAGUAGUAUUGACACUGAAACCGUGCACUUCAUUAUCCCCCUUGUAGGGAGGCUGCAGACCCUCAAACAGUUUCUGGAAAAUUAUGAAAGAACUUGCUUGAGAACAAAUGAGAAGGUAAAACUCUUGAUAGUUCUGUUCAAGAGUAGACACAAACAACAAGACCAAAGUUCAGAAAUCCAGAAACUAGUGGGACAGUAUCAGGACAUGUAUCCCACAGCCCACCUAAGAAUACUAUUUGUAGCUGGAGAGUUUUCCCGUGGACUGGGAUUGGAACUCGGUGUUUCCCAGUUCACUAACACCUCACUCCUAUUCUUCUGUGAUGUAGAUCUGGUAUUCCAGCAGUCUUUACUACAGCGUAUACGAGCUAAGACAAUACUUGGUCAACAGGCCUACUAUCCUAUAGUCUUCAGCCAAUACGAUCCUAGUGUUGUUCAUCGGAACUCCUCCGUUUCCAUCAGGAACAAUUUCCUGCUCACCAAAGACACUGGGUACUGGCGAUUCUACGGUUUCGGCACUGUAUCUCUGUAUGCUGCCGAUUUCAUUCGAGUGGGGCAGUUUGACACGUCCAUCCAGGGUUGGGGAAUGGAAGACGUGGAUCUCUUUGACAAGUUUGUACGCAGUGACAUAAAAACUUUCCGUGUGAAAGACCCCGGGGUGGUCCAUGUGUUCCAUUCAGUGGCUUGCGACACACACCUGGAAGAAAAGCAAUAUCAGAUGUGCCUGGGCACGAAGGCAGGCACGUACGGCAGUGCUGCCACACUAUCCAAACUCUGGUUAGACAGACAUCCACAGAGACCUGAUGACAGUCGGUAGCAUCGGCUGUUAACUGUACACACAGCUCAGUUCCCUGUAGCAGCAACCUCAGGAGCCAAAAUAGCAAUGUACAUGGCAUAUCCAUGUCCACCAGAAUUCUUACAAAUAAGUUCACUACCUACUUUCAUCUCUACAUUGGAGCUGUGGCUUUGGGUUGACAACAGCUCCACACACCUAUACAAUACUCAUGUAACAAAUAUACUCACACCUCCAGAUGACUAUUUUGUAGUACAGCAAUAUUACUGGAGCUGGAUCUGGACUUUUUCCUCCGGACAUUUGAGCAAACCAACUGACUUUUGCAAUUGUUUGUUCUUACCAUUGACUCUAAUAUCUGCCAUGUGAUUUAUACUUGCCAUGUAGUUUCUAUAGAGAAAAGGAGCCAGCUGAUGGCCAGAAUUCUCUGUUGCCAAAAAAGGUGUGCCAGUGUACCAUCCAGAUAACACUAUGACAAGUGGAAAACCUCACAGGUCAAUAUGCUUUUACUUUGUGGGAUGAUGAUGAAUUCUAGCAUUUGCUGUCCACCUCUUGCUUUUAUGUUGGUAGCAAACCAAUAAUUAUAUCCAAAUAAGAUUCUUAAUGCAAGUCUACAGCUGAUUUUGUAGUGUUCAUUGACUACCGUUGUUUGUUGAAUGCAUCACGAGUAGUUUAAAGUAGUUAGUGAGUAGUUAAGAUACAUCAAUGUCAUCAUACUCGAACAGACAUCCACCCCAGUGUCCAAAAGCAAAACGUCAGGCAUAGUUUAUAACACGACAGCUACCUCAUAAACUGGUCCACAUGUCCAGUGGUCAAAGUACAGUUUAAGGUUGGUUAAUAUUUACUACUUAAAAAUAAUAACCGGUAUCCAGACAUUUAGAAGGUUAAAUGUUAGAUGACAGAUGUCUAGUUGGCAGAGGAAUGUUGCAAAGUUGGGUUUGGUUCAGGAUAUAUAUAUAUAUAAAACAUGUGACAGUUUCUUUUAAAGGCAAACAAAUGCUGACAACAUUUACAAAACAUUGUUAGGCCUAGUUGUUUUAGUCUGUUACAAAGAGUCUGUAUAGGAAGACAUUGGCGAUAAUCGAUAGUAAAAUUGUCUCCCUAACAUGAACCAUUGCUUACUUGUCAGCAAAUUAACUCAGCAGUUGCCUUCUCACAUCAGUAGUAAGUAACUGCUGCUGUGGGGAACUGUGCUGUUGAUUUUGGAUGUAAUUUAUUGCUGCAUUAUGUGUACAGUAGAUUGUAAAUUUGACAAUUUUUGAGUUUUUUUGGUGAUUCCAUAUCGAAUUAAUCAUUUUAAUUGUAUGAUAAAAGUGGUACAUGUAAGUAGAAGUUGGAAGGAACUGCUGAGAAUUUCAACCAAUUGCAAUGACAGGCAGUGACUGUAUCAGCUGGGUUUUUUUACAUGUAUUUCACUGUUGUUUGUAUCCAUUUGCAUUUAGACUAUAGUUUGUGCCAUUGAUUCGUGGUGGACAAGUCAUGUUUUUGACCUUGCAUUGUCAUCAUUGCUUGGAUAAUGAAUGUUGAAAAUAGCGAUAGAGGCUGUUGUACUUGGAAUUUGAGUCGCAUAGUCUAAAUCAGAAUAAGUACCAGAAGCAGAUGGUGAAGAAUUGCACAUUGCUGGAUAUUAGUGUUAUGAUUAUGAUACAGUAAGGUAGAAUAAGGGAUGGGGAGAAUGGAUAUAUAAUAUUGAUGAGACCAACUGUUUACACUCUCAAUAAAACUUUUUAAAGA